AUGCUAGAUAUUACCACAGUCGACAGGCUUGACAGGCCCAGCUCCUACUUCUCCACUCGGGGAAACAACGGAAGGUAUACCAAUGAUGACAGAGAUGACAACCCACCAAAAGAGGAGGAAGAUCCGUUGAAGGAUGCCACAACUCUGUAUGUCGGCAACCUGUCAUUCUAUACCACCGAAGAGCAGAUCCAUGAGCUAUUCUCCAAAUGCGGCGAGAUCAAACGACUGGUCAUGGGGUUGGACCGCUUUCAAAAGACGCCGUGUGGCUUCUGCUUCGUUGAAUACUAUACACACCAAGAAGCGCUCGACUGUAUGAAAUACAUUGGUGGUACGAAGCUUGACGAGCGAGUCAUCCGAACCGAUCUUGACUCAGGUUUCAUCGAGGGACGCCAGUAUGGGCGGGGCAAGUCCGGAGGGCAAGUCAGAGAUGAAUACCGAGACGAGUUUGAUCCUGGGCGAGGCGGCUAUGGUCGCGCAAUUGACGCCGAGAGACGCAAAGAAGAAGAGGAAUACGGAUCUGGCCGAUAA